AUGGAGGGUGGGAGAGGAGAAGGGGAGAAGGGGCUGGGGGAGAAGAGGACAGGAGAAGGGGUUGGGGGAGAGAGGAGGGAUGGCGGGUGGGUAGGAGAAGGGGGAGAGGGGAUUGGGCUGGGGGAGAAGGAGGAGGGGAGGGGUAGAGAUGGGGGGAUGGAGGGUAGGUGAGGAGAAUAAGGGAAGGGGUGGGGGUAGAGGUGAGGGUAGAGAGGAGGGAUGGAGGGUGGUUGAGGAGAAGGGGAGGGGGUUGGGCUGGAGGGGUAGGAGGGGGUAGUAGAAGGAGGGGGUAGAGGAGGGGGUAGAAUUUAGGGGAAAAGAGGGAUGGAGGGUGGAGGAAGAGAGGAGGUGGGUAGAGAAGGGAUGUAAGGUGGGUGAGAACAGAGGAGAAAGGGUAAGUGAGGGGAUGGAGGAGAUAGAGAGAAUGGAGUAGGAGGGAUGAGGACGUUUUUCAGAAGAGCAGAGAAAGAGAGGAGGGGUGGAGGGCGGAUGAGGAGAGGAUUGAGAGGCAGUGCGAAGUACAAUUUCAAGCCGUCAUAUAUCAGAUUGAUUCUGAGGAUUUUCAAGAAAAAUACCAUACUUAAGACUUAUACACGCUAACAGACCCCAAGAAGGAUUUCUUGGAAUUCUAAUAACUGGGGCCGUACUUAUCAAGCAUAUCAGAGCAGGAGUGCUUAUUUAGGGAUCAGUUUAGCCUUUUAGAUCACAAUGAAAAGAUUACAUGGACCUGAUCCUUGAUCAGCACUCCUACUCUGAGUGAGACACUUGAUACAUAUGGCCCUGAGUCCCUUCGAAAAUGAUGUCUCAUUUAGUUGAGUUUAGUUUAUUUGAUCAUUUAAAACAAGGUACACAUACAAAAGUAUGCACUUGAUUAAGAAUCAUCAAGGAUAACACAAAAAAGUAUAUUUAUUUUUUCCAUUGGGUUCCUCUUUCAUGAUAGCAUUUAGCAGGUUUGGCACAUGUGGCAGGAUAAAAACAAACUGAAGCUAAAAUGGCAGGUCAAUUUGGCUAUUUAGUCAUAUAAACACAACAACCUAUACAUACCAUACACAAAGGAAUGCUAUUUGGUCAUCCUCAUUGGGCUAGGAGGGAUUGCUCACAGAGGCACACUAUCCAUUAACCAGUAUUUCACCUUCCUUUGAAAGCUACACAGAGUGGGAAUAGUUUUAACAGACAGAGGCAGACUAUUCUACUCAGAGGCUCCUGAAUAUAAAAAAGUACCUUUCCCUGUCAGGCUUCUGAAUCUAGAUACACACACACACACACACACACACACACACACACACACACACACACACGUUAGCUAUCCUAGCUCUAGUGUUAUGUUUGUGGGAAGAAAGGGGCGAAGUAGUGGAUUGACUUUUUUGGAUGUGCCUCUAGAUUUGACAGAGCAUGGAUUCGAACCAGGAUCUCUAGUGGCACAGCGCCACUCGGGAGAUUAUGAUGGGGUAGCUCUCUUUCUCUCUCACUCCCUCUCUUUUUUCCAUUUCAAUGCAGUUCUCAAUCGAGUACAUCCACUGUAGUCUCUCUGACAGAUAGUUGUGUUUUUCUCAACUCCACAAUGUACAUCACAUCAAUGGAGUUGAGCGGAGACGACAGUUUACCUCUGACUACAUCGAGUCGCUGUCAGUCGAUACUUGUAAAAAUGUCUAAACCCUUGCCAUGUACCUAUGUUUGUCCUCUGUAGCUGUGUGCCUUUAUUUGUUUGCUGAAAUCCAUACUUUUUAAUAAAACUUUAGUAAAAUACAACCACCGACUAUUUCCUCGUAUCGACUGACAGCGACUGGAUGCAGUUGUAGGUAAACUCCACCCACAAUCGUCUCCGCUCAACUCCACUGAUGUGAUGUACAUAUUGUGGAGUUGAGAAACCAAGCUAUCAGACAGACAGACAGACAUAUAGGCUGAGCUAUAGCGUUUCCAUGAUGAUGUCACACACACACACAGGAUGCUUGUUUAGAACUAUAGCGUGACAUCUUCUGUAAUAACUACUGUGACUGGUCCGAUCGGAAUAUCUGGAAUAUCUUCUUUUGAUUAAUUGGUGUCAGAAGGAGAUGAUGGAAUUCUAGAAUUCCCAGAUGGAAUUGUGUCACAGACUAUAGUCCAUUAAGAUCUUAUAAUAGUGUUUUAAUAUGUUAUAUUUAGUGCUGCGCUGCAGUAGCUGUCUGUCUCACUGCAAUACCAUUGAGACGUAUCCAUCCCUUCUCCCUCUCUCACAUCCCUUCAUCCCUUCUCUCCCCUCUAUGUGCCUCUGUAACCUUCAAGUGGAAAAUGCUGAGAGAGCGUUAGUUACAGAAGUGAUCUCUUUCCACAUGGUCGCUAAUAGGGAAAGGCUAAAGCAUCAAGGUUGGGUUGGAGGGGGAUUAGACUAGAGCGGGGGGGUAUGCAUGUGGGUACGCAGACCCGCGAGCAACUGCGGCCCCUCAUGAAGAGUUCAGAUUUUUUGUGGCCCCCACCCCCAGCAAAGUUGCCCAUUCCUGAGAGAGAGAGAGAGAGAGAGAGAGAGAGAGAGAGAGAGAGAGAGAGAGAGAGAGAGAGAGAGAGAGAGAGAGAGAGAGAGAGAGAGAGAGAGAGAGAGAGAGAGAGAGAGAGAGAGAGAGAGAAGAGACAAGGAGAGAGAGGUUAUAGAGAGAAGAGAGACAGAAGGGGGGGAUAGGAUAGAUUAGAGGGUAGAUUCCCCAUGCCCUUGGUUGCCGCCAGAGAUGCUCGCUCCGUCCCCAAGCUCUGACGAGGUGUCGUCUCUGAGUGCUGAGUGAACAGCUGGAGCAUCGCAUGUCAGUCUGCCGUCUGUAUGUGCGGUAUUACUGUGGCUGUGUGACCCUUAUCACUGGUUGACAUCUGUUCCUACGCCAGUCAUAUUUUAUAACAAAGGGAGGAAGGGAGGUUCUUUCAUUCCCACUUAGCACUGUAAAGGGAUAGUUCACUCAAACUGCAUUUAUAAUCGUUUAUAAAGGAUUUAUAAUAAUUUAUAAUCGUUAUUAAGUGUUACCAACAAUGUUCCCUCUAAGCUGCGCGCAUAGCCGCGCACCUUCUCCAGGACUGCCACGCAGAAGAAAUACAGUGAGGGAAAAAAGUAUUUGAUCCCCUGCUGAUUUUGUACCUUUGCCCACUGACAAAGACAUUAUCAGUCUAUAAUUUUAAUGGUAGGGUUAUUUGAACAGAGAGAGACAGAAUAACAACCAGAAAAUCCAGAAAAACACGUAAAAAAAUUUAGAAAUUUAUUUGCAUUUUAAUGAGGGAAAUAAGUAUUUGACCCCCUCUCAAUCAGAAAGAUUUCUGGCUCCCAGGUGUCUUUUAUACAGGUAACGAGCUGAGAUUAGGAGCACACUCUUAAAGGGAGUGCUCCUAAUCUCUGUUUGUUACCUGUAUAAAAAGACACCUGUCCACAGAAGCAAUCAAUCAAUCAGAUUCCAAACUCUCCACCAUGGCCAAGACCAAAGAGCUCUCCAAGGGACAAGAUUCUAGACCUACACAAGGCUGGAUCGGGCUACAAGACUAUUGCCAAGCAACUUGGUGAGAAGGUGACAACAGUUGGUGCGAUUAUUCGCAAAUGGAAGAAACACAAAAUAACUGUCAAUCUCCCUCGGCCUGGGGCUCCAUGCAAGAUCUCACCUCGUGGAGUUGCAAUGAUCAUGAGAACGGUGAGGAAUCAGCCCAGAACUACACGGGAGGAUCUUGUCAAUGAUCUCAAGGCAGCUGGGACCAUAGUCACCAAUAAAACAAUUGGUAACACAUUACACUGUGAAGGACUGAAAUCCUGCAGCGCCCGCAAGGUCCCCCUGCUCAAGAAAGCACAUAUACAUGCCCGUCUGAAGUUUGCCAAUGAACAUCUGAAUGAUUCAGAGGAGAACUGGGUGAAAGUGUUGUGGUCAGAUGAGACCAAAAUCGAGCUCUUUGGCAUCAACUCAACUCGCCGUGUUUGGAGGAGGAGGAAUGCUGCCUAUGACCCCAAGAACACCAUCCCCACCAUCAAACAUGGAGGUGCAACCAUUAUGCUUUGGGGGUGUUUUUCUGCUAAGGUGACAGGACAACUUCACCGCAUCAAAGGGACGAUGGACGGGGCCAUGUACCGUCAAAUCUUGGGUGAGAACCUCCUUCCCUUCCCUUGAAAAUGGGUAGUGGAUGGGUAUUCCAGCAUGACAAUGACCCAAAACACACGGCCAAGGCAACAAAGGAGUGGCUCAAGAAGAAGCACAUUAAGGUCCUGGAGUGGCCUAGCCAGUCUCCAGACCUUAAUCCCAUAGAAAAUCUGUGGAGGGAGCUGAAGGUUCGAGUUGUCAAACGUCAGCCUCGAAACCUUAAUGACUUGGAGAAGAUCUGCAAAGAGGUGUGGGACAAAAUCCCUCCUGAGAUGUGUGCAAACCUGGUGGCCAACUACAAGAAACGUCUGACCUCUGUGAUUGCCAACAAGGGUUUUGCCACCAAGUACUAAGUCAUGUUUUGCAGAGGGGUCAAAUACUUAUUUCCCUCAUUAAAAUGCAAAUCAAUUUAUAACACUUGACAUGCAUUUUUCUGGAUUCUUUUGUUGUUAUUCUGUCUCUCACUGUUCAAAUAAACCUACCAUUAAAAUUAUAGACUGAUCAUUUCUUUGUCAUUGGGCAAACGUACAAAAUCAGCAGGGGAUCAAAUACUUUUUUCCCUCACUGUAGGCUACUGUAGGCUUCAUAAUAGAUAUCAAAAGCUAUUUCCAUGUGAAAAUGUUAUGGGAUUUGCUCCAUUGGUUUUGUUGGUAGGCCUACAUUAUGCUCAAAUUGCCACAAUAGCCUAUUGGCUACUGUCUAAAACGGUAAGGGUACAGCCUCAGUGUUCACUGCAAACACGUGCCAGAAGUUGCACAAAAUUCUCACAACGUUCAAGUUUCGGUUCACAAGACCUAAAAUAUGCUCAGUGCCCCAAAGAAUUAGAGGGAACAUUGGUUACCAACAUAUUUGUUUUCUAACUUUGUGGGAAAUAACAGUGUGGAGGUAAAUCUAAUCUAAAUCAUAGUCCUGUUACUUCAUCCUGAACUGACCAGUUUGAUAAUACGUUUGUGGGUCUUGUGUCCACUAGAUAACCUAGUAAGGGAGGUCUAUGACAGAAUUUAAUCUACGGUUGUAUAGGGUCAAAGGUUAGGGGUCAACGUAUGAAGUCAUGACAAGACGCCGUCAGCAUAGACUAUAAGCAUCUGCCAUUUGGCCAGAGGGAGUUGAGAGUUAGCUAGCGUGAAGGUCUGCUCAUUACUUCAUUAAGACUAGCCUCAAAUAACUUUUGUGUUGGUCACGCAAGAUGAGUGUUGUUCGUUUCACAGCGUUUGACGUACUUUGACUUCACUUCCUGACAAUGAUUGGUGUAGAAUUAUUGUAAAAUAAAAAAGAUGGUCAGAGAAAUAAAAAGGGAGAGAGAGAAAAGAUAGAGGGAGGGAGAGAAAGAGGAAAGGAAAGAAAAGAUAGACAGAGCGAAGCAACAGAGAAAUGAAGAGAAACUGACAGAUUGAAUUCCUUCCCGUCACUGAAAUGACUGUGACGGUAGUGAAACAGUGAUGUAGACAGCUCUAAUGUGGACAAAUAACUCUCUGCCCUCCUUUCUCUAAAACUAAACUGAUCACAUAAUGGAUGGCAGGGCUUUAUUCACGACUCUGUAACAAAAGAGAUUGGCACAAAAUCUUUUUGAGGUCAAAACACAGAGACAGAGACACACUCUGGCCACACUAGAAAGGAGCCGUGUUUAAUUAAAAAGGCCUGAUUGGGUUUCACAACGAUCGCCACAGCUAUGACAGCACAGGAGGCUAACACCUGACACCCACUACACGACCAUGAUUUAGUUGUAGUAGUCUGUGUGUGUGUGUGUGUAUGUGUGUGCGUGACCAGAGUCUGGGGCUCACCAACAGAGAGCCACUUAAAUCCCUUUCUUAUUAACUCUCCAUGACACCUGAUCCACCACGCAGGGAGGCUCACUCAUAGACACACACCACACAGACACACACUCACUGCUUCAAACCACGGCUCAUCUUACCGCUGCAAAAUGGUGUGUGCGUGUGCAUGUGCGCGCGUGUGUGUGCGCCUCUGGUCCCUUUGUCUCUGCUGUUAUCUGGGCGACAUCUCAUCAGCCUGGUUCUACCCUGUCUGUCUGUCUGUCUGUGGAACUAAAUGAAACAUCUGUCUGGGUAAGUACACUAGUGAUCUUCAAUGGAGGUCAAUGGGGCCAUAUUAUAGCUAUAUAGCAGUCUGCUAGUGCUAUAUUCUGGACAUACAGUACAUAGUAUGGGCAACGUAGCUCUAGUGGUGGAAUGAGCAGCCAAUUUGGGAAUUCAGGGCACAUGGGUUAACACCCCCUACACUAGCGACAAGUGCCAUGGGAUCUUUAGUGACCACAGUGGGUCAAGACCUCGGUUUAACUUCCCAUCCGAAGGACAGUCUGAGCUUGGAGUAGACUAGAGCUGUCUUUCUCAACCCUGGCCCUGGGGACCCAAAGGGAUGUUCAUUUCCGUUUUUUGCCCUAGCACCACCAACACACUUGAUUCAACUAAUCAACUCAUUAUCAAGCCUUCGAUUAGAAUCAGGUGUGUUAGAUGCUAGGGCAAAAACAAAAAUGUGCGCCCCUUUGGGUCCCCAGGACCAGGAUUGAGAACCGCUGGACAGAGAAAGUAGUUUAAAUGUGGUUACAAUGUCGGUAAGUAACCCGACCUGACGUGCUGAGGAACGGGAUAGUGUAAUCAAGAGAAGACAUUGGCAGAAGCCAUUAUUAUGCAGGAGGAGAGGAGAGGAGGUUGGCUUGGAAUCUUGAGGCGAGGUGACAUAGGCAACCUGGAAGCUGUCACUGUGUACCACUCUCACUCAUUAUAUUCCAUUGAUUUAGAACAUGUUCUAAUGUUCUAUGUUUUUAUUCUAUUCUACCAACAGGGUCUACUUACAGUAAUGUACGCAUCUUGAUGAGUCCUAAGAGGAAUGUGCUAAUGGAUACACAGUAUUCUAGCUAGGUACAUCCAGUCCACUGCCUAUUAUGAAUAUUCAAAGAGGAUAAUAAGAAGAACCCGAUGCGGCCACUAUCAUUAAAAUGUGACAAAAGCCAAGUCACUAUACACGCUCUUGCUAAUGAAUGCGGCCAAUUAUAUGUUAAAUAAAUCUCCCUCUUUCUCUCCUUUGGUUUUGCAUAUAUGUAUAAUAACAUCUUCUUUCCCGUUCUCUCUCUCUCCCUUUCUCACCCUUGUAUCUCUGCCUCUCACUCUCCUUUUUCUCUCCCUCCGUCUCCCUCAGUGACGUGGCGGAUCAUGUCUCAGAAGAAGAUAUUUCUGGUCUUUGUGGCGAUCAGUACCGUCAGUCUACUGCUGCACCAUGGGGUCCAUUUCAGCUGGUGAGACACCCACGCACCCACACACAGAAUUUGUAAUAGGAAAUAAUCACUGCCACCUGCUCAGGUUAGCAUAGGGCUAAAUGUGGCAGGUUAUGUAAUGGGAACAGCUAACAUGUAGCGCCAAGGAUUUUAAUUGGCUGAUGUGCACUUAGACUUUUCUAAUGUUUGCAAGUAUUUGGCCCGCCUUGUUUCACAGAAUACAAUAAUAAUCACUGUCACAGUCCAUGUACCUCCAGUCUGGCAUCAAUCACUAUCAACAGAUAUGAGUUUAAUCCAUAACAUACAGCAUCGAGUCUAGUGACCAUCAACCCACACCCAAUCAUGUGUAUUAAAGACAGGGAAAAUAUAUAAUUAUGCUAACCAUUGUGUUAAUCAGUCAAAACUGAAUAGGAACUUUAUUCACCUUAAAGUUCCUAAUUUCACAGAGAUUGAGCAGCAAAUCGCGUAUUAAAAGCCCCUCCCCCCUCUAUUUUUCUCAUCCAGGACGAUGGAAGCCUUUCAUCUCGGCUGUCCGUCACUGCGCACCCACCUGUCCUCCUCUCUCAAGCCCAAACACACCAACGUGGCCUUCCUCAAGACGCACAAGACGGCCAGCACCACCAUGCAGAAUCUGCUCUUCCGCUUUGCCGAGCGCAACAACCUGACCGUGGCGCUCCCUGUGCAGGCCUGCGGACACCAGUUCUGCUACCCGCGCACCUUCAACGCCCACCUCGUCCACCCACACACCCUGCCACCCAACGUGGUCACCAGCCACAUGCGCUUCAACCGUGCCGAGAUGCAGCACCUCAUGCCUAACGAUACCAUCUACGUGACCAUACUUCGAGAACCAGGGUCCAUGUUUGAAUCGUUGUUCAGUUACUAUAACCAGUACUGUCAGAGUUUUAAGAGAGUUCCCAACGGGUCGCUGGAGGCGUUUCUGAAUGAGCCAUGGCGGUACUACCGUCCGGACGAAAAGGACUCCAUGUACGCCCGUAACACGCUGACCUUUGACCUCGGUGGGGACAAGGACCGUCCGGCGGCAGACGUAGCUGUGUACGCCCGGGCCUUUGUGGCCGAGACGGAACGUGUCUUCUCCCUGGUGAUGAUCGCCGAGUACUUUGACGAGUCGCUGGUCCUCCUCCGUCACCUCUUAUCCUGGGAUCUGGACGACGUGCUCUACGUCAAGCUCAACAUGCGGAUGUCCGGCUCCAAGCACAGCCUCUCGCCUGGCCUCCCCGCCAAGAUCCGCGCCUGGAAUGCCUUGGACGCACGCCUCUACGAUCACUUCAACGCCUCCCUGUGGCGCCAGCUGACUGCCCUCGGCCCGGCGUGCGUGGCCAGGGAGGUGCGGCUGCUCCGCAGGGCCCAGGAGAGGUUGGUGAGAGGCUGCUUCGGCGGACGGCUCCCCCAGCUCCGCUCGGCCGCCCAGAUCAAGAACAAGGAGCUGCGGCCGUGGCAGCCCAGCGCAAAGGUGGACAUCGUGGGCUACGACCUGCCGACCAACACCAACGCCACACGGCCCGGAAGCCUGGCCCAUGAGCUGUGUCUGAAGCUCAUCAUGCCAGAGGUCCAGUACACCAGGGUCCUGCUUCGAUCACAGUCACUACGCUACCGACGCAGCUACCCACUCCGCUCCCCUCAGCCCCAGCCGCAGCAGCCCAUACGGUCGGUCCUGCCACGCCACCAACAGGUGGGGAUACAGCAGAUGCACCGGGAGGCCCUUCCUCCAGGACCUGGUCCUGCCUCUGGCCUCACAGCCACCCCUAGACCUGCAGGGACCCAGAGCAGGGCCACCAGGGUGGGGCUAAGGUCCUCGGGCCCCCAGAGGCAGACGCCAUAACUUAAGACUGCAGCCCCAGCCUUGAAUAUAGACUGAAUACAGACAGACUAAAUACAGGCAGACAGACUGUCCUCCAGACUUCAGCCAUUUGUCCCCAGGGACUGUAUCGGGGGCUCUGGAGGAGAGACAGAGGGGGAAGGACACGCCCAGAUUGGGGCUGGAGAUUGGGGUAGGACCACAGCAAUAUGGGCAUAGGCAGAGAACUCCCAUUUAUUACCAACUCUGUAUGGGACAAUAAAGAACUGUUACUCUCGCUUUCUCUCUCUGUCUCGCUCUAAUGCCAUCCUCCACCUCCCAAGCCUUGAGAAGGUCAUGAUGCUGACAGUGAGAGAGGGUCACCGCUCCGGGUCUGUGUGCUCUGAGCAUCCAACCCUCUAAGCCUUCUCUAGAGAGGAAAACCAUCCAGUUCUGGGCCUCUCACCCAAUGACUCUCCCCACUCCCACUGUGGGAACUAGGCCCCAGGACAGAGGUUAAAUGUCAAAGGUUAGGGCAGGGGUCAGUCUAAGGACCGCUGGCUUAUCUCCCUG